AUCUCACUCUUCAACCCUUUCCCUUUGAAACCUUAUCCUCUCCUAUACAUUUCUCUCGCACUACCAACACUGCACUCCUCUUGCAGCCAUGUCUUCCUCUACCUCUUCCCUCCACUUUCUCUCUCUAUGCCCCAAAACCCUAACCCUCUCCAACCCUAAACCAGCCACCGCCUCACUCUCUCUCUAUUCUAUCUCAUCGCUCAGGACAACCCCUCCCAAAUCCAUCUCCAUAUCUCCUUCGUUUCUUUCCUCUUUCACAAGACCCUCCGAGUCUUCGCCGUCACUCUUCGUUCGAAACGUCGCCGUCUCCGACUUCGACCAAGAAGAGGUCUUCACCGGGGAGGUGGAGCCAAGUUUCGCUCCAGACCUCAAACUCUUCGUCGGGAACUUGCCCUUCAGCGCUGACAGUGCCGCCCUAGCCGACUUGUUCGGAGAAGCCGGAACUGUCGAGAUGGUUGAGGUUAUAUAUGACAAGAAAACUGGGAGAAGCCGGGGGUUUGGUUUUGUGACCAUGUCUACAGCGGAAGAAGUUGAAGCUGCUGUUGAAAGAUUUAAUGGCUAUCAAUUCGAUGGACGGUCAUUGAGGGUGAAUUCUGGGGCGCCCCCUCCGAGGGAAGAAUCUUCUUUUAGAGGUCCCAGGAGUGGUGGUUCAAGUUUUGAUAACAACAAUAGGCUUUACGUGGGUAAUCUUUCUUGGGGCGUUGAUGAUUUGGCACUCCAGAACUUGUUUAGUGAGCAAGGGAAGGUCGUGGAAGCCAGGGUGGUUUAUGACAGGGACAGUGGUAGAUCAAGGGGUUUUGGAUUUGUAACUUAUAGCUCUGCGGAGGAAGUCGACAGAGCAAUUGAAUCGUUUGAUGGCGCUGACUUGAAUGGCAGGGCGAUCCGGGUGUCUGUAGCAGAAGCUAGGCCAAAGCGAUUUUGAUCAUUGGAUCUUUAAUGCUUCCUUCAACCAAUAAUAACUUAGGUCCCGGGGAUAUGGAGCUGGGAGUCUAUCUUGCAGUUUCAUCAAUAUUUUGGAGAACACAACACACCGUUUAACCUCGAUGCAGAAGAUCAAGAGCCUACAAAUAUGUUGAGCUUUUCAAUGUAUGUUCUGAGUGCCAUGUUUCAGACAAGACACUGAUACGUAAUUCAUGGCUUGUCACUUUCAAUCAUUUAGGUACUUGAAUUGUUGAAUCAUUUGAUUAUUUAUUAUAUGUAAUUUGAAGAAUUUUGUGAUUGUUGAAUGAAUUUACAGGGAAAUGUAAA